AAUAUAAACCCCAAUACUACCUGUUUGUUUCCUAAUAAAUUCCCUCUCUCGAGAGGUUUUAAACUCGAAAGUUCCAAAAUCUUAUCGAUCAUAUCAUCUGAGUUUUUUUUGGCUAGAUAGAUGGAGAUCGCAACUGGUCCGAUCAGUUCUUGUUCGAAGGAACACCAGAAAAUCUAUCAAGAGUGGUUCAACAUCGCCGAUUCAGAUGGCGAUGGACGCAUCACCGGAAAUGAUGCCACAAAGUUCUUCGCCAUGUCGAAUCUGUCCCGACCUGAACUAAAGCUGGUGUGGGCCAUUGCUGAUUCCAGACGACAAGGAUAUUUAGGUUUCAAAGAGUUUAUUGCAGCAAUGCAGUUGAUCUGUUUGGCACAAGCAGGACAUGAACUAACCCCAGAUGUCCUUAAAACUACAGUUGAUAUGGAGCCUUUAAAACCUCCAUUGAUGGAAGGUUUGGAUGCCUUACUGGUUAAAACUAGCCGUUUAGCAAUCAAUGGUGAAUCUAAAGCAAAUGGAAAUACUCCGUUGCAACCGCCACCAUCAGUUAACAAGUUUACUUCAAAAUCCACCAAAAAGACAUAUCACAAUGCGGUAACAUCAAUUGUUGAUGGUUUGAAGAGACUCUAUGUUGAAAAGCUAAAACCAUUGGAACUUGCUUAUCGUUUUAAUGAUUUUGCAUCUCCCUCCUUGACGAGUAGUGAUUUUGAUGCUAAACCCAUGGUCAUGCUUUUGGGUCAAUACUCGACUGGAAAAACUACAUUCAUUAAACAUUUGCUUAAAUGUGAUUACCCAGGAGCUCACAUUGGACCAGAGCCAACAACUGAUCGGUUUGUUGUUGUUAUGUCUGGAGAUGAUGAAAGGAGUAUACCUGGCAACACUAUUGCUGUUCAUGCAGAAAUGCCAUUUAAUGGUCUUACAACUUUUGGAGGAGCAUUUUUGUCAAAAUUUGAGUGUUCCCAAAUGCCACAUCCCUUACUAGAACAUAUUACAUUUGUGGACACUCCUGGAGUUCUAUCUGGAGAGAAACAACGAACUCAAAGAAGUUAUGAUUUUACGGGUGUUAUAUCAUGGUUUGCAGCAAAGUGUGAUCUUAUUCUCCUACUCUUUGAUCCCCAUAAACUUGAUAUAAGUGAUGAGUUCAAGCGUAUUAUUUCAUCCUUGCGUGGUCAUGAUGAUAAAAUACGUGUAGUCCUAAACAAGGCAGACCAAGUUGACACCCAGCAACUGAUGAGAGUAUAUGGCGCAUUAAUGUGGUCACUUGGUAAAGUUUUAAACACACCAGAGGUUGUGCGUGUUUACAUUGGCUCAUUCAAUGACAAGCCAGUCAACGAAGCAGCUGUUGGUCCCAUAGGAAAAGAUCUAUUUGAGAAGGAACAAGAUGAUCUCCUCAUGGAUUUGAUGGACAUUCCAAAGAAGGCUUGUGAUCGUCGAAUCAAUGAAUUCGUUAAACGUGCUAGAGCUGCUAAGAUUCAUGCCUACAUAAUUAGCCAGCUUAAAAAGGAGAUGCCCACUAUGAUGGGCAAAGCAAAAACUCAACAACGGCUCAUUGAUAAUCUUGAAAAUGUAUUUGCAAAGGUCCAGAGGGAGUUCCAUCUACCAGCUGGUGAUUUUCCAGAUGUGGAGCACUUUCGGGAGGUGUUGAAUGGUUACAGUAUAGAUAAAUUUGAGAAAUUGAAGCCUAAAAUGAUUCAAACAGUAGAUGACAUGCUUGGCUAUGACAUCCCAGAGCUACUAAAGAAUUUCAGAAAUCCUUAUGAUUAAAAAGUGUUACAGUUCAAUGUAGUUUAGAAGGUGGAAUGCUUGCAGUUGGUUUGUUUAUUCAUAUUGAUGCUUAAGAGAGUGAAGUGUACUGAAAAACACACUACACAGAAAAAUGAGUGGUAGUGCGGCUUGAGAAAGCCAGGACAGUUGGGCUAUCCCAUGACCAAGCUAUUAGUAAUGAGUACGCAAUUGGUUUCUAUGUCAAUGUUCAGACUUGAAUAUAUUUUUAAUAAUCGAGUUUUUCUUGCUCUUUCA